AUGAAGAGUUUAACAAUUGAGAAUAUGCAGGAUAAUCAGAGUGUUCGUAUUGCAUAUUAUCGCCUACAUCCAGGGCGUAACAGGUUUUGUUGCCAUGGUCGUGGAGUAUAUUCUCGUGACAUGUGUAUAUUUACUGUCAGUUUACUUUUGAUUAUUGGCGUUACAAUACUGUUUUUUGCAUUCGAAUGUCGCCUUCUAACUCCACUACUAACUCCGGCUGUGCCUAUUUUGGCAGCAGUUCAAUUCGUGUAUGUGGUCAUUACAUUUCUUCGCUCAGCAUUCACAGAUCCAGGAAUUAUACCACGAGCUACACGUCCUGAGAUGGAGUGGACUGAAAUGUCAAUUGCUUCUGGAGAUAUAGCCGUAAAUGAUGUAAAUAAUCAAAAUGAUCGUGAUAUGAAUACAGUUCGAACUUAUCCACCCGGUGCAAGAACACGUCAAAUACUUAUUGGGGAUCAUCUAGUCAAAAUUAAUUAUUGUCAUAGUUGUCGAUUUUUUCGUCCUCCUCGAGCAUCACAUUGCUCUUCGUGUGAUAAUUGUGUUGUAUACAAAAAAUAUGAAGAUAUUGUAGUGGCUAUCAAGAUUUCACCUGCUUCAUAUCCUUUUCGCAUCAGAUGCACUUUUUCUGUUAUUUGAAAAAAUAAUGUUUAUCUCACAUUGUAUGUCACGUUCAUAUGUUUGUCUAUCUGUGUGUUUGUGUUUGUGUGUGUGCCUAUAUGUGUAUUUUAAAACGCCCCAUGUACAAUUCUCAUAUACACAACAUAGUGUGAUAUAAUUUGUGUUCAUGUGAAAGACGCUUAAUGAAAUAAUAAAAAAAGUCGUUUUCGAGUUCAAUUUUACGAAGGAGAAAUGCGUGCCUCACACUGGUCUAGGUGCUCGUUUGUCAAUCAACUGGGCGAGGGGUGGAGUGCCGGUCACAGAUUCAUCAUUAUAAAGAUUUCAAGAAGUAUUUUAUUCUUGUGUAUUGUUCAAUAAUUCUAUGUUCUUAGAUGCUUGGUGGUGGCAACUGGCCGUAGGAAGCCUUCCACUCAGGUUUCGUGCUUGUUUAUGGUCCUCACCAGUCAGAAAUUACCUUGAAGGAACUCAUCUCGCUUCUGAGAUUCGAACCCGUAUCAUCUAGUGCUGUAGUCAGAGACGUUACCACUGAGGUUUUCAGGCUUUCGAUUGACCUCCAUUCAGACAGUAUGAAAUACUUUUAUUGGAGACUAACUGGUGCCAUGCAUCUAAUCUUUUGUUUGGUGUUUAGGUAACGUCUCUGGCUGCGGCACUGGGUGAGGUGAGUUGCAACACCUAAGGAACAUAAGUUCCUUAAAGACUGAAGUUGAGUCUUACUGAUUGUUGAGUGCCAGAAAACAUGGAACAUAGGUUUGACAUGGCUUACUGCCGAUUUCUUCCAUCCAUCAGUGGUGUACCGCCAGGUGAGAGAUCCAACUGAGAGAGAGCUAAAUUAGUUGGAACCACCCGAAUUUCACUUACCGAACAGAAAUGUCUAUGAAUUUCCUGGAUGCUCUCAACUUGUUAUACUACACUCAUAAAGUAUUGUAAGUUUCGAUAUGUUUUGAGAAUUGUAGAACUCAUCUAUUGCUUUCAAGAGUAGUUAGUUUGUAGGGGUUCUUAUUUGUUUUAAGUUGAUUGACGAGCUGAUAUCAGUCAGAGAACCGUUGGAAAGCCAGUAAGGAGUACUGGACAGUUGUUUUGUACUAGUUUGGGACUUUCCGGCAGUACGCACACACACACACCAUCCAGAGUUUGAAUCCACGACUCUCCAGCUAGGAGGUGAACAGGAGCUGUAGUGACCAAUGGGGUCCAGCAUGUCGCCGAUGACACUAGCUAGUGAUCGUGCUAAAAUCAUCAACUGGUAGAAAGUUAGACUCCUUAGGAAAUUCGAUUGGGUCACAUUGACUGAAUGUUCUAUAAGUUGACCUUAUGACCUGGUUGCUUUGGGUUUUGAACUCUGGGGGGGGGGCUGCUACCGUCGAAGAAUUGCAGACUAGGACGAAAAAGCUGUCUAUUAUAUUUCCUGUUAGUUUUCAAUGGUUCUCUAACUGAUGUCUGUUCGUGAUCAAGCUUACCACCUAUUGUUUGUUGGCUACACAGAAUGACGUAUGUCGUUCACUAGAUCAACAAAAUCCAUUCUCUGAACAGUUGGUAUUUAUGAAAAAAUAAAUAAAUAGAUUGCACUGAGGAUUUCAUCAUGAGCUGACAUCAGUUAGAGAACCACUAGAAAACCUGCACAGAGUCCUGGACAGCUAUUUCGUCCUAGUUUAGGACUCUUCAUCAGUAUACACCCACCGGGGUUCGAACCCAGGACAAGACGAGCUCGUAGACCAUUGAGUCAUUGGGACCUGAUCCAGUGGUUCUCUAAUCGAUGUUAGCUCAUGAAGAAAUUCUCCAUCCAAUCAAACAAAAUCCUUACAAAACCAAUAAAUACUUGAAAAUAAAUAGAUGUUUAUUGGUAUAAGGAUAAAACUUGCCCACUGUGGUAGAGGGUAUAACUCCAUUAUGGAUAAAAUUUUAUUUUGAUAAAAUCACACACACAGUGUUGUUGUACAGUGAUACUUACUGGUGCGACCACGUUUCGAGCACAAUUUAUCAUUGCCACUCAUAAUCAUAUCAAGGUACUACUCACACAUAACUUUCUUGCCUCAUACAUGAGUAGAAAUUGAUGAUCAGACAUUUGAAUAAAAUCAAUAUUAGAUAAAGUACAUUCGGAAAUAGCAAUAUUAGUGUUAUCAAUAAAAUACAAUAAGAUGGGAAAUAAGAUGUUUUCAUCGUAAAAUAAAUAAGUAACUUGUUAGAAUGUUAUAAUGUGAAUUGAUGGAAUACAUUUUAACAUUAUUUAUUAUCCUUCUCUGAUUUGACUAGUGGUACUAGUGUCUUCCAUAUCUCUGGUUAUUUGCGUUGAGUCAUUUCUGUUGCAUGUGCUGGGUGUGCACACUCGAUGAACCAGGAUUCAGUAAUCAAUCUCUGUCUCUAUCUCCACCUACCUUUUUGAAAUUUUGACUCCGUCCCACCCACCCUAUUGUGUGGUUGUGUGUUAAUGCAUGCAGUGCUAUAGCUGAGUAUUUUUCUAAAUUACUUAUCUUCGUGCAGUCAAUCAUUCUAACCCUAGCUAAAUUCUUAUGCUCUGAUAAUCUUACUACUCCUGAUCCACUACUAAUUUGUCCUAUGUAGUUGACCUAACUCACAGUCAUUUCAAGGUAUCCUGUUAAUUAUAUUGUUUUGUUUGAAUGAGUCAACCUACCGGAUCCUUUAGCCUACAGAGCUUUUCUUGCCUGAGUGAGUUUCUAGGAGGGUUUGAAUGCUACCCUAGUUCCUGCAUUGUUGAGAAUCCUACAUAGGGAGGGUUUCAGAUGUCCCUUACUUAUAUGGUAUAACUGUGGAUACCUUAUAUAUUCUCUCUUAUUUAUGUUAUCAUUAUUAGUAUUGAUAACACUU